UGUGCUGCGAGAUAGCGUUGCGUCGAAAUAAUAUUCAGUUCUGCGAUGGAUGAUUUCAUACUAAACAUAUCGGAUUCGUCCGAUGAAAACGAUACCCAAGAUCGGAACGAGGAGUCGAAACCAGUUUCCAAGAAAUCCACAACCGGCAGCAACUCGAUGGACGAUGGCAAUACUGGACAUUCGUCCCGCGCUACAGGCACUAGAAAAUCUGUGGAUGCAGAUAAAAACAGCGAAAACCACGAGGCCACCAAUGGAACUAAGAAAGGACGAGCGAAGCGUGGCCUACGGAACAGACUGUUCGACGAGAACUCGAAAUUCUUGGCGGAUUUCGACCCCGGUCAAUCUCAGCGCGAAAAGCGAAAGAUGGAGCGCAGCAUACGCGUAGUAACGAAACCAAUCGGGUUGUACGACUUGAAGGGAAUGCUGCGAAGCAACGGUGAAGAUUUGUGCGACUGUCUGGAGCAGCGAUGUCCUGGCUGCCAUAUGCCGUGUUCCGAUUGCGGCAAUGGCAAAUGUGGCAAAGUGUGCCGCAAGUAUCGCAAAUGGAUGUACGACCGGAUUGAAAUGGAUGCGAAAAAUGGUGUGAGACAUAAUCCAUUUAAAAACUAACCAUCCGUUUGUUGUGUAGAAUUAAUUUAUUGUUUCCAACUUCC